CCAGGCUCUGGCUGCAAGGCGGCCUCCUGUCUAGUAGCUUCUGAGUCCUGCAUCCACUUACCUGCCCUGCGAGUUUCCAGCACCAUGUCCCUACGGACACUACCGCUGCUCUUCUUGAACUUGGGUGGGGAGAUGCUUUACAUCCUUGACCAGCGGCUGCGGGCCCAGAACAUCCCAGGAGACAAGGCCCGCAAAGUUCUGAAUGACAUCAUUUCAACCAUGUUCAACAGAAAGUUUAUGGAGGAGCUGUUCAAGCCCCAAGAGCUCUACUCCAAGAAGGCCCUGAGGACCGUCUACGACCGCCUGGCUCACGCCUCCAUCAUGAGACUGAACCAGGCCAGUAUGGACAAGCUCUAUGACCUGAUGACUAUGGCUUUCAAAUACCAAGUAUUACUGUGUCCCCGACCCAAGGAUGUGCUGCUGGUCACUUUCAAUCAUUUAGAUGCCAUCAAGGGAUUCAUCCGAGAUUCCCCGACCAUCCUUCAUCAAGUGGAUGCGACUUUCCGGCAGCUGACAGAAGUGUAUGGGGUCCUCUCUGCAGGUGAGUUCCAGCUGAUCCGGCAGACACUUCUCCUCUUCUUUCAAGACCUACACAUCCGAGUAUCCAUAUUUCUAAAGGACAGAGUUCAGAAUUCCAACGGUCGCUUCGUGUUGCCAGUGUCGGGGCCUGUCCCCUGGGGAACUGAAGUUCCCGGACUCAUCAGAAUGUUCAACCACAAAGGUGAAGAAGUGAAGAAGACAAAAUUCAAGCAUGGUGGAGACUAUGUCACUGCCCCCAAAGAAGGUUCCUUUGAACUGUCUGGAGACCGAGUCUUGAAACUGGGAACUAACAUGUACAGCGUGCAUCGGCCCGUGGAAACGCAUAUGUCUGGAGCAUCCAAGAGCUUAGCCUCACAGACACAGAAAAGCCUUGCUCCAAACCCUCUUGCUAAAGAAGAGCUGAACUUCCUGGCCAGGCUAAUGGGAGGAAUGGAGAUUAAGAAACCCAGUGGCUCUGAACCCGGAUUCCGAUUGAAUCUCUUUACUACUGAUGAAGAAGAAGAACAUGCAGCCCUCUCCAGGCCAGAAGAAUUAUCCUAUGAAGUCAUCAAUAUGCAAGCAACACAGGACCAGCAGCGAAAUGAAGAGCUGGCUCGGAUCAUGGGAGAGCUCGAGGUCACAGAGCAGCUGAGGCAGAGCACCAGCAAAGGGGACGACCUGCUUGCCAUGAUGGACGAGUUAUAGCUGUGCUGACCAGGCACAGCUCCCCCACCCCCAGGGUCCAAAACGAUGCUGCUAGUUUUUCACCAAGUGAGGUCAUUACCUCUAGUUCUUGCUUAUGUGAUAUAACACUGUCCAGUUUCCUCAGAGAGUACACUUCCCUGAAGACUCUUAAACCAAACUUUUCCCAUUUAGUCCCAAUUCUGUGGCAACCUUGCCAAGCAUCCUGGGUGGAAAUAUGAGCCCCAGAGCUAUCAAGGAGACCCUGUCAUUAUCCUUUUCAGUUUUGCUGCCUUACCUGUCCAACAGGGACCUAUACCUCACAGGUGCCUGUAAGUCUAACAAAAGCAUCAGUGUUUGCCGGGAUGUGCGCUGCCCUGUAGGUAAGUUGGACGUCAGAAGGCAGUGGUUUCCAUCUGUCAGGGCCCAGAGCAGGUGGCUCUCCUCCCCUUGGCACACAGGACUGUCGUCUCCCAGAGAUAGACCAAGUAAGCCAGGCUGCGGUGAGGCACGUGGGCUAUGUAUUUGUCUGCACACAUCCCCAUCUGUGCAUCUAGGUAGUCUUUGGCUAUAUGGUGUGCUAGCCCUCAAAAGACACCCAAGGGCCAGGGAGAUGGCUCAGUGGAAUAAGCGCUUCCCUGGCAAGCAAAUGGGCCUGAGUUCAAUCCCCAGUUCCACACACAAAAAAAAAAAAGAGAGAGAGAGAGAGAGAGAGGGACCCAGCCUGCUAUGCUGUGACAUUUGUCUCUUCUGUGUCAUCUUCGGUCAUCAGGCAGAGCCUUAGGCUGGCUGUGCAGGAGAUGUGAGUGGGAUGUCACUUCCCCUUCCAUGUGCCAGCAGAGCCACUUCCCUUGGGACCCAUGGGAACUAUCUCAGGCCAGGGCUGCUGCCGGGUUUCAGGAAGCAGAAGCAGCCUCCCUCCCAGGACUGAGGAACCCAUCCAGGGCAUGGGCCCAGCCACUGUGCAGAGAUCAGGGUCCGUUCAGUUCCAUGGAAGGAAUAUCUGGAAAGAUGGAAGUAGGGAGACCCAGCUGAGCAGGUCAUUCCAUGAAAGGGGGCCAGCUGCAGGGACCACUACAGCCCCCGCAUCGUGCAGAGAGUAGAGCCAGGCAUAAUCCUGGAAUGUGAGGGUGGACAAACUAGCCCAGGAUUUGGAUACACAGAAGUAAAUUGCUAGAUAAAUUUAGUUUGCUUCCGGCCCACUAAAAUUAUACUUCCUGGCUGGAAGAGGUGGUGUACUUCUGCAAUCCCAGCACUCAGGGAGGCUGAGGCAGAAGAAUGGAAAAUUCAAGCCCAGCCU